AUGGGUGAACUUUUCUUCGAGAUAACCAAGGAAGGGGGAGAGGAAACGGUGGAGUGCACCACCGCUAGGGUUACCAGUGUGCAACAGGGCCCACCACCCAACACCCCCCCCCCCCCCGUCCUCCCACCCGCCCCACCCCCCCCCCCCACGCCACCCCCCCCCCACCCAAAGGAAAGGAGGAGGAAGGAGAAGGAGGUACGAGGCGGACCACGCGCCCCCCCCCCCCCCCCCCCCCCCACCCCCCCGCCCCCACCCCCGCGCCCCCCCCCCUCCCCCCCCCCCCAGAACCCCCAGGAAAGGGAAGUUACCCCCACCCCCCACCCCCCCCCUCCCCCCCCUCCCCCCCAGCGCCCCCCCCCCGCACCGCACCCGCCCGCCGCACCCCCACCCCCGCGAAAUAUGAACAAGGGAAAUCCACACCACACGCACCCCCCCCCCCCGGGCCCACCCCCCCCUCGCGGGCCCCGGGGAAGGGGACCCCACCGCACGCCGCCCGCCCCCCCCCCCCCCCCCCCCCCGCCCCCCCCCCCCCCCCCCCCCCCCCCCCCCCCUCCCCCCCCCCCCCCCCCCCCCCCCCCCCCCCCCCCCGGGCCCCCCCCCCCCCCCCCCCGCCCGCCACACCCGCCGCCCCCCCCUGGCAAAAAAACAGGUGGCAAAAACAUUGUGCUCCCCCCCCCCCCCCCCCUGCCCCACCCCCCCCCCCCUCCCCCCCCCCCCCCCACCCCCCCCCCCCCCCCCCCCCCCCCCCCCCCCCCCCCCCCCCCCCCCGCCCCGCCCCCCCCCCCCCCCCCCCCCCCCCCCCCCCCCCCCCCCCCCCCCCCCCCCCCCCCAGGGACCCCCGGCGGCCCCCCCCCGCCCCCCGCCCCCCCCGCCCCCCCGCCGCCUCACCACCCGCGCCCCCCCCCCCCCCCGCCCCCCCCCCCCCCCCCCCCCCCCCCUCCCACCCCUCCACCCCCAUACCCCCAGCCCCCCCCCCCCCCCCCCCCCCCCCCCCCGACCAGCUACCCCCCCCGUGACAUCCACUGGCGUCUCGAGCCCCCCCCCCCCCCCCCCCCCCACCCCCCCCCCCCCCCCCCCCCACCACCCCCCACACCCCCCCCGCCACCCCCCCCUCCCCCACCCCCCCCCCACCCCUGCCCCCCCCCACCCCCACCCCCCACCCACCCACCCCCCCCCCCCCCCCCCCCACACCCCCCCCCCCCCCCCCCACCACCACCACCUCCCUUCCCUCCCCCCCCACCCCCCCCCACCCCCCCACCCCCCCCCCCCCACCCCCCCCCCCCUCCCCCCCACCCUCCCCCCCCCCCCCCCCCACCACCCCCCCACCCACCCAAACACCCC